AACGGCCGGUUCCGGCUGAAUGUCAGUGCGGGGCUGUGGGCCAGAGAGGAAGGUGCUUGGCAGUCUCUCCACCACCCCCGCCGCUACCUGCUGGGCUUGAGAUGUGGUCGCGGACGCUGGGCCGCUGGGCGGAUCGGAUAUGAAACCGUGAGGCGGGCGACGGGGCUGGGCUGCGGACAUGUUUGGCCGCUCGCGGAGCUGGGUGGGCGGGGGCCACGGCAAGUCCUCCCGCAACAUCCACUCCUUGGACCACCUGAAGUACCUGUACCAUGUUUUAACUAAAAACACCACUGUCACAGAACAGAACCGGAACCUGCUGGUGGAGACCAUCCGUUCCAUCACUGAGAUCCUGAUUUGGGGCGAUCAAAAUGACAGCUCUGUGUUUGACUUCUUCCUGGAGAAGAACAUGUUUGUUUUCUUCUUGAACAUUCUGCGACAGAAAUCAGGCCGCUACGUGUGCGUACAGCUGCUGCAGACCUUGAACAUUCUCUUUGAGAACAUCAGCCAUGAGACGUCGCUCUAUUAUUUGCUGUCUAAUAACUAUGUCAAUUCGAUCAUUGUCCAUAAAUUUGACUUUUCCGACGAGGAGAUCAUGGCAUAUUACAUAUCGUUCCUGAAAACACUUUCAUUAAAGCUCAACAACCACACUGUCCACUUCUUUUACAAUGAGCACACCAAUGACUUUGCCCUAUACACAGAAGCCAUCAAGUUCUUCAAUCAUCCAGAGAGUAUGGUUCGAAUUGCUGUGAGAACCAUCACCUUGAAUGUCUACAAAGUGGAUAACCAGGCCAUGCUGCACUACAUCAGAGACAAAACCGCUGUCCCGUACUUCUCCAAUUUGGUCUGGUUCAUUGGGAGCCAUGUGAUCGAACUUGACAACUGUGUGCAGACAGAUGAGGAGCACCGGAAUAGAGGGAAACUGAGUGACCUGGUGGCUGAGCACCUGGACCACCUUCACUAUCUCAAUGACAUCCUGAUCAUCAACUGUGAGUUCCUCAAUGAUGUGCUCACAGACCACCUGCUCAACAGGCUCUUCUUGCCACUCUAUGUGUACUCACUGGAGAACCCGGAAAAGGGAGGAGAACGGCCAAAAAUCAGCCUGCCAGUGUCCCUCUAUCUUCUUUCCCAGGUCUUCCUCAUUAUACAUCAUGCUCCGCUCGUGAACUCUUUGGCUGAAGUCAUUCUGAAUGGCGAUCUAUCUGAGACUUACCCAAAGCCUACUCAGGAUGUUCCCAGAAGUUCUGCUAAGCCUAGCAUCCGGUGCUUCAUUAAGCCCACUGAGACACUCGAGCGGUCCCUUGAGAUGAACAAGCAUAAGGGCAAGAAGCGGAUGCAAAAGAGACCCAACUACAAAAACGUUGGGGAGGAGGAAGACGAGGAGAGAGGGCCUGCUGAAGAGGCCCAGGAAGACGCAGAGAAGGCUAAAGGUACAGAGGGUGGUUCAAAAAGCAUGAAGACAAGUGGGGAGCGUGAAGAGAUUGAGAUGGUGAUCAUGGAGCGAGGCAAGCUCUCAGAGCUGGCUGCAGCUGGGACCUCAGUGCGGGAGCAGAACACCACAGAUGAGGAGAAGAGUGCUGCCACAGGCUCAGAGAGUGCACAGUGGAGCAGACCCUUCCUGGAUAUGGUAUACCAUGCCCUGGACAGCCCUGAUGAUGAUUAUCAUGCCCUCUUCGUGCUCUGCCUCCUAUACGCCAUGUCCCAUAAUAAAGGCAUGAAACCUGAAAAACUAGAACGAAUCCAGCUUCCAGUGCCAAGUGCAGCUGAGAAAACCACCUAUAACCAUCUGCUGGCUGAGAGACUCAUCAGGAUCAUGAACAACGCUGCCCAAGCAGAUGGCAGGAUCCGGUUGGCCACACUGGAGCUGAGCUGCCUGCUCCUGAAGCAGCAAGUACUGACCAGCUCUGGCUGUGUCAUCAAGGAUGUGCACCUGGCCUGUCUGGAGGGUGCAAGAGAAGAGAGUGUCCACCUUGUACGGCAUUUCUAUAAGGGAGAAGAGAUUUUUUUGGACAUGUUUGAAGAUGAGUACAGGAGCAUGACAAUAAAGCCUAUGAAUGUAGAGUAUCUGAUGAUGGAUGCAUCUAUCCUCCUGCCCCCAACGGGCACUCCACUGACUGGCAUUGACUUUGUGAAGCGGCUGCCAUGUGGUGAUGUGGAAAAGACGAGACGGGAGAAGUUCCCAGAAGCAGAAUUUCUGUUUCAAAGGGCCAUCCGGGUGUUCUUUAUGCUACGUUCCCUGUCACUGCAGCUGCGCGGGGAACCUGAGACCCAGUUGCCACUGACUCGGGAGGAGGACCUGAUCAAAACAGAUGAUGUCUUGGAUCUGAAUAACAGCGACUUGAUUGCAUGCACAGUCAUCACCAAGGACGGUGGCAUGGUCCAGCGCUUCUUGGCUGUGGAUAUUUACCAGAUGAGCCUGGUGGAGCCUGAUGUGUCCAGACUUGGCUGGGGAGUGGUCAAGUUUGCAGGCCUUCUGCAGGACAUGCAGGUGACAGGAGUGGAGGAUGACAGCCGUGCCCUGAAUAUCACCAUCCACAAGCCUGCCUCCAGCCCACACUCUAAGCCCUUCCCCAUCCUGCAGGCCACCUUCGUGUUCUCUGAUCAUAUCCGCUGCAUCAUUGCCAAGCAGCGCCUGGCAAAGGGCCGCAUCCAGGCCAGGCGCAUGAAGAUGCAGAGGAUAGCCGCCCUUCUGGACCUCCCAAUCCAGCCGACAACUGAAGUCCUGGGAUUUGGACUCGGCUCCAGCUCCUCCCAGCACCUGCCUUUCCGUUUCUAUGACCAGUGCCGCCGAGGCAGCAGCGACCCCACAGUGCAGCGCUCUGUGUUUGCAUCAGUAGACAAGGUGCCAGGCUUUGCUGUGGCCCAGUGCAUAAACCAGCAUAGCUCUCCAUCCCUGUCAUCACCAUCACCACCAUCUGCCAGUGGGAGCCCUGGCGGCAGCGGGAGCACCAGCCACUGUGAUUCAGGAGGCUCCUCCUUUACACCCUCAGCAACUCAGAGCCCAGCAGAUGCCCCCACAACUCCAGAACAGCCUCAGGCUCACCUUCUAGACCAGUCGGUGAUUGUGGAUGAAGUGGACGUCAACUCCAAGCCCAGCAAGAACUUGGCCAGGAGCUCCGAGACGGAGACCCUGCAGCUGUCCCCCAGCCUCCUCCCGGCCCAGCAGCCCACCAUCUCCUUGCUCUACGAGGACACUGCCGACACGCUGAGUGUUGAGUCGCUGACCCUUGUCCCCCCAGUCGAUCCCCACAGCCUCCGAGCCCUCACUGGCAUCCCCCAGUUCCCUGCACUGGCCACAGCGGAUGCUGAGACCCCAGAUGAGGGUACUGUAUGCCCAGAGCCUACAGACCCCACAGAGCACUGAGGGGAUACACCAGGGAUCUCCCUUUGUAUGUGAGGCCCGCUGGUAGGGACCCAGUGCAGUUUGUGACACAAGACACAUCGGGAGCACCCCUGUUCUCCACAGCCCUGGAAACAGUCCCUGAAACCUCUCCCGGCAAGACAGCCAUGCACCAUUGGUGUUUCUCGUCUGCUCUGACCUCUUCCUGAGCAAGCUGUGAUCCUGGAGACAGCCUUCUGUAUACAGAGGAUGACACUGGCCACCUCAGAGGGGCCUGGGACCCUUUUUCCGAUCCUGACAGCCCCGAGUGGCAGGACCCACUGGCACCCUCCUCCUUCCGGCAGCUUUCUUGUAUUCACUCACAGUGUACACAGACGUGGACAAGGUUACUUUGGGUAGAAAUCUGUAGAAAAGCAAACUUAGAUAAACAUCUCUCUGGGCUAUUUAUUUCUGUUUUUGGCAACAGAUGAAGAGAUUUAUUUUAAAAAGUUAACUAUUUUGGGGAGGGGCAAAAAGAAAAAGUCCUCAACCAUAAGGCUUGGUGUCACAUGAGAAGCAUCAGCUGUUAAGAUUCUCCUUCCUUAGAACUUUCUGUUUUUAUUCUGAAGUUGUAGGUGUUGCUGCCUCUGUUUGUCUGAGUGAUUCUUUUUUCUCUGUCCCUAAUUCUACAAGCUUGUGGGAUGAUGAAGUCUUUCCCUGGAACACUGAGAUGCUUCUGAACAAAAUGAGAGAGCUCUGAGUAUGCUCAGGCCAUAUGGAGUGAAGAGACCAGAAGCUUCUGUGUGACCUAGGUGACUUCUGCUCCCUGCUCAGGAUACCACAGAGUCACAGCUUCCAUCAGGCUUGCUACCUUCUCCCUUCAUCCAAGAAAUAUCCAUUAUUCCCAGUGUCCAUGACAGGAAUCAAAGGAUUUAAGUCAUCCUCAGCUUUAACCAGCUUCCCAGUGUGCAUGCGGAUGCCCAGCCAGGGGCCCAGCUGAAAAACAUGUGACCAAAAGCAGAAUCUUCCCUCCCCUGUCCAUUGCUGCCACCACCGCACAACUUGUUUCACUAAGAAAACCCCAUACUUCUAGCCCAUGUGCCAGCAAGGACCCAAAUCUGUCCCAUUAGUCCCCAGCCUUCCUCUGCACUCACCAGCCGGAUCACCACCCCCAGCUCCAUGGAAGACCUUCUGUGGCUUUCCUAGAGGUGUGAUCUCACACAGUGUUGGUAUCCACCAAACUCGGGCCUCGAGGAUACCCUGGGACAUGUCACCAUCUGCUCCUCAUUAGUCCUUGACACCUCAGUUAAGCCUACUUUUCUACAGGCUCAAGGCUCAGUUUUUCAAGGGAAACUAGUACUCCCUGGGAGGGGAGUCCAGUGGCCUGGACUCUUUGGUCUUUAAAAGCACUACAAUGGGCAUGCCUACCAUGCUUUCAGUGUGAAAGACAUGUGGUGGUUUCUGAAGCAGAAGGCUGGGUCAGGAAAUGAGCCAACCAGGCCUGGAGCAAAGGGUCCAAAGGCUCUGGCAAAGAAGGAUGUGGCAGGAGAUCUAGCAGAGCCCCUGGGAAGGGAGAAGAGUGAUGGCCCCUGGAAAGAAGGGCUCUCUGGGCCCCCACAGCCAACCCUGAGUGUCUCUCGGUCAUUUGCAGGGAGGGGUGGACAGAGGAGCAGGCUAGCCUUGUCUUCAACACAGCUGUGCACUUUGGGUUUUGAAAUGACAGUUGCUAAGGUAGCAUAAAUGUUAUACAAUACAAGUGACUCUCCACCCUGCAGUGUGGCCAUGAGAGGAAUGCCUGCAGCCACCCUAACCACCUAUGCAGGUAGGCACCACCCCUCUGUGACUAGCCUCUUCCCUGCAAACAGGAGGUUUUAAGGAAAGGAAAAGACUGUGGCCAAGGUGGUCAGCAAACCCUGGAAGGCCAGUAGCUAUCCAAAAUUCACCAAGAACAAGCUGCCCCCACAGCUGGCUUGUGAGAUUGCACCCAGAGGCCUCUUCCUUCACCCCACUACAUCCAGAUCCCUGUACCCCACCACUACCACUAGCCCCAUAGGCUCAGGGUACUUUUUUCUCUACCAGAAGGUCAGAACCAGCACAUCAGUGUAACUGGGGACUUGAUCCAGGUAAGCAAGUGAGAGUCUCCUGUGAGCAGAGCUCCUUGGCCCAUUUCUGGUGAGGAAGGGCAUCCCAGAGGAAGCAGCAGUGCCUCAGGGCUCUGAGGAAGGACACUUCCUCACCUAGGUCUUGGUGGCAAUGGGCACAACCCUGUCCUUAGGAACACCCUGUGAACUUGACAACUGUCCUCUCCAGGCAGGCCUAGACAGAGAAGACAUACUGAGUCUACCACAAUCACCAGUGAGAGGUAGAACUGAAGGAUUCCAGGUCCAGAAGGGCCCACAGCUGCUGACCUGGAGGUCCCAGUAAGCCUCCAAAACCCUUAGUCCCAUCUCCAAGGCAAUGCACACCAUGUCUGCCCUGGGGCAGACUAUCAGAGCUGGCCACUAAACACCAUGGUGACUAUCACCAUGGAGACAUGCAGUGAUGCCUCUUCCCAUUUGGAGGCUUGGGCAGGUGGGACUUCCUGCACUGGGUCAGACCCAGUGUAGUGGGGAGCUCCUUAUAUGGUGGAGGUGUGGGAAGAGGCUUCCAGAGCUGACCCCUCUUGUUAUACUGCACCCAGUCUAGCCACCCACUCACCCAAAUACUUGCAUUGCCAGGUGUUAGAUGACUGCAUCCUUCCUAAGGUGCCUGCUUUCUCUACAGCCUCUGAAAUGCAGUUGUAAGUAAGGCAUGGGUAAACCAAGUCUGAUCUGUAGAUGCAACAAACAUAUUUCACACAGUGACAGUAGGCAGGUUAAAUGCCUCUUCCCUUCCCCCCCCCCGCCCCCUUGUAGCUGAAGCUGUGAGGGAAAAAAGGGGGACAGAUCUGGAAAGCUUUGGCCAAGGGAGUACCAGCAGGCCUUAUACUUUGUGGGGGCUGAACCUGAUGGGAGGAAUGAAAGGAAGAACAUCCCUGUAAAUUGGAACAUGGCAAUAAAAAGCAAAACUAAUGGCC